CAUAUGUAUGUAUGUAUGUCUGUAUGUAUGUAUGUAUGUAUGUAUGUAUGUAUGUAUGUAUUUAUGUAUGUAGGUAUGUAUGUAUGUUUGUAUGUAUGUAUGAAUUUUUGCUUGUAUGUAUGUAUAAAUGUGUAUGUAUGUAUGUAUGUAUGUAUGUAUGUAUGUGUGUAUGUGGGUAUGCUUGUAUGUAUGUAUGUAUGUAUGUAUGUAUGUAUGUUUGUAUGUAUCUAUACAUUUAUGUAUGUUC